AUUAAUUAACUUCCAUAAAAUAAAGAUUCCUCCUAACUCUAAAUGGAAAACUCUUGAAGUAGUUCGUCUGAAAAUAAUGACGAAAGUCCAAAGUCCGAGCCCAAGAUUGGUAGCCAAGAAAUAGAGCUUAGCUCUAAGAAAGAUAACUACCUUACUCCACCUGAGAACGUCUCUGUGCAGAACAAUACGAUACAGGAUGAAGAAUGCAAAGUUCAGACACUUGUUCCUGAAGAUGCUCAUUACAGAACAGGUUUUAAUGUAUGGGGUGCUUCCUUUGAUAAAGGUGACGAUACUAAAAGAAAGCGAUCAAACUAUGAUGGAAGUUUUGAGAAUCACUAUAAAACUGAGAAUCCUCUCGAAAAGGAUCUAGACCAGACCAACCAUAAUGUGUCAAAUACUUCCAAAAUUGGUAUAAAUGCUCAAGCCUUCUCAAGAGAGCCAAUGGAUGACAAUGUGAAAGGAGAAGAAGACUCAAUAAAUGAGUAUCUGAGCGCUAUUUUAAACAAUAAUCCUGCCAAGAGGAGAGAGAUACUUUCUCUCCCAGUUCCAAAACAUCUCAACUCUAUCACGCUUAAGAUCACUAGCAAAUCAGGGUUGUGGAACAAACUGUCUCCCCAUUUAACCUUAGAGGAUUUGAGUGGUGAGAAGUUUUUGCUGAACGCGAAGAAGUGUAUCCAAUCUAAACCUCUAUCAAAAUUCUACAAAACCGCUUAUUAUUUUCAUAUCAGCAAUCUGAGAGACUGCUUCAGCAAGGACAAUGAAGGAUUCAUGGGCAGGAUCCGGAAAAAGAGUAACACUUACACAUUAGAAGACCAUACUAGUUACUCGAAUAUGGACAAUGAUGUUUCAACAGUCGAGUUUAGCCCAGAUGAGCAGAACCCGACUAGUAUAAGGAAGUUUGAGCUCACUUUGGCUGAUAGAAUCAAGAGAGCCAUAAUUCGCAGCAGCCAAGAAGAGGAAAAAGCAGAUCUUACUAGGCCAUGACUGGAUUUGGACGACCUUGAGUUCACUAGUGUUGAGCCUUACUUUGACGAAACUGUUAAUGACUACGCAAUGGACUUUACUCCUCAUACAAAUUUUAUCCCAAGUUCUAAAAAUUUCCAAGUUAGAUGGAAGAGCAAAGAUCAGUUACUUAUAGAACAAGUGAAGGUCGGCAAGAACGAAUAUGAGCUAAGAUUGAGGUACCCCAUGAGCAUAUUUGUUGCAUUUGCUACUUCACUAGCCCUAUUUGAUCCGGUAUAUAAGAUCUAGGAGAGAUUAUGUCAACAAAACUAAAGAUUAAUG